GCGAGCGCUCAGUGUACACAGACUGAAGGGGCAGGCGAGAGGGAGGGAGGCCGGCCCUCAGCAGAGCAGAGCAGAGCGGAGCGACAAGGAGGGAGCUCCGGGCUUGGAGCCGGGGACAGCCGCGAACACCCUGUCCCAAUCCUCCUUCAUCCUUCCCAUCCCAGCCACCUUCCUUCCUGACAGCCAGCGGAGCAGCAGCUGGACACAGACCCCUUUCAGACAGGACAGAGCCACAUUACUUGAACAGGGGAAAGCUCGAGGUGGUGGCCAUCCAGGGUGACAUUGCCGGGGAGCCUCCAGAACUCCAUUUGACGAAGGCCUGUACAAAGAGAUGGGUCCUGCAGUGCACCCUAAAGGUGUGCGACUGAACCAUGGAGCUCCGAGUGGGGAACAAGUAUCGGCUGGGCCGAAAGAUUGGCAGUGGUUCCUUUGGAGACAUUUACCUGGGUGCCAAUAUUGCCACUGGGGAAGAAGUUGCUAUCAAAUUGGAAUGUGUCAAAACCAAGCACCCCCAGCUCCACAUCGAGAGCAAGUUCUACAAGAUGAUGCAGGGAGGAGUGGGUAUUCCCUCCAUUAAGUGGUGUGGGGCAGAGGGUGACUAUAAUGUGAUGGUGAUGGAACUCCUGGGACCCAGCCUGGAGGAUCUCUUCAAUUUCUGCUCCCGCAAGUUCAGUCUCAAGACUGUUCUGCUCCUGGCAGACCAGAUGAUCAGCCGUAUAGAGUACAUUCAUUCCAAGAAUUUCAUCCACCGGGAUGUGAAGCCAGACAAUUUCCUCAUGGGGCUUGGCAAGAAGGGCAACCUGGUGUACAUAAUCGACUUUGGCCUGGCCAAGAAGUACCGAGACGCCCGGACCCACCAGCACAUCCCCUACCGGGAAAACAAGAACCUGACUGGCACGGCCCGCUACGCCUCCAUCAACACCCACUUAGGAAUUGAACAAAGUCGCCGUGAUGACCUGGAGAGCUUGGGCUAUGUGCUCAUGUACUUCAACCUGGGUUCGCUGCCCUGGCAGGGCCUCAAGGCUGCCACCAAGCGCCAAAAGUAUGAGCGUAUCAGUGAGAAGAAGAUGUCAACACCCAUUGAGGUGCUCUGCAAAGGGUACCCUUCUGAGUUCUCCACGUACCUCAAUUUUUGCCGCUCCCUGCGAUUUGAUGACAAACCCGACUACUCAUACCUGCGGCAGCUCUUCCGUAACCUCUUCCACCGCCAGGGCUUCUCCUACGACUAUGUCUUCGACUGGAACAUGCUCAAAUUUGGAGCAGCCCGAAACCCUGAGGACAUGGAUCGGGAGCGGCGAGAGCAUGAGCGAGAAGAGAGGAUGGGGCAACUCCGGGGUUCCGCCACACGGGCGCUGCCACCCGGCCCCCCUGCUGGAGCCACAGCCAACCGCCUUCGCAACGUCGCCGAGCCCAUGGCCUCCACACCCGCUGUCCGAAUCCAACAGUCCGGAAAUACGUCCCCCAGGGCAAUCUCACGGGUGGACAGAGAGCGGAAGGUCAGCAUGAGGUUACACAGGGGAGCUCCUGCCAACGUCUCUUCCUCCGACCUCACAGGGCGGCAAGAGGUGUCGCGGAUUUCAGCGUCACAGACGAGCGUGCCAUUUGAUCACCUUGGGAAGUGAGGAGAAGAUGCCCCCGGACCAGUGUUUGCUUAGUGUCUUCACUGUAUUUUUCUUUUAAAAAACAAAAACAAAAAAACCCCAAAAACAACAACAAAAAAUCUUAAAAAAACCCCCACAAAACAGCUUUUUUGUUUGGUUGGUUGUUUUUGUUUUUUUGUUUGUUUUUGUUUUUUUUUUUUUUGCCAACACUGAGGAGAUGAGCUGCCCCCCGUGCUGGCAUGAAACGUUUCUGAGCUUGCCGCCUGUGUUGCCCAACGUGAGCGCCUCCGAGAAGCCGACGACGUGGGAGCCCUGCAGAAAUGCCUCUGCUGCCUUGGUGCAGCUUUCCCCAAGCCCCACCGUUUUCCCGGCUGACUGCACCCCACCCUCCCUCCACUCUGCUCUUGUUCUUGUUUUUAAAACAACUUCCUGUCUUUUUAAAAUUUUGGUUGAUUUUAAGAUCAAGUGGUUUCUAAUGCAAUUUUCUAAAUUCUUUUUGAGGGAAGGGUUGCACUUGUUUUGCAGGAAUCUCCUGGGCAGGUAGAAAAUCCCUUAUUCUAGUCAUGGCUGGUGGUAGAAACUGUGUGUUUACAAGCAUUAAAAGAAAUGGAUGGCAAGCCAUGAGAGGAGUCACGGGAAAGGCCUGCCGCUUAUUCAGGCAUCCUUUUUCCCCAGUGGCACCUCCGCACCAUGUGGGGAGUUAGCGGACAUACCAGGCAUGGAUAAAUAAGACAUGGUCCUGGCAUGCCAAGGAUUUCUUUCCAGAGGGGGUGAGUGGUUGAGUGGAGGAGGUGAAAGUGAAGCUGAAGGACAGGGAGAUUGUAACCCACUUCCCAUACUGGGGGUGGGGUCUUUUACAUCAGGUUGCUUAUGAUAUUAGGUUGUUUUUUGUUUUGUUUUAAUUACUGAAGGGAAAGUGUGGGAUCCGAGGAGAAGAGAGGGGUGUGCAGAAACUUGGGGGAUGGUUUUCCUCUUCCAGCUACCCCCCGCCCCAAAUAAAAGAUCUGAUAUCCCAGUGCAUAUGCAGAAGCCCUGACCACCUCCUUUCCCCCCACUUUAGUUGUUUUAAAUGUAUUUUAGGAAUACUCAAGACACCACAUGGUUCUUGGGUUUUAAAAUGCCAUGAUCACCGCUGUGACGUAUGGCCUCUAGCUGGCGCACUGACACUAGUGUGGAGCCAGUGGGGGGGUGGAGGGGAUUCAUUUUUGGUUUUAUUCCUUUCUAUUUAACACUGGUUGUUUUUUUUUUUUUUCCCCUAAUUUAUUUACCCCUCUUACUCUUUUUUUAAUUAAAGAGCAAAACUUUUUAUUACUUUGUAAUUUAAAAAAACUGAAGAAGAAAAAAAAAAAAACCUGAAGAACUUAGGGGAUGGGGGGGGAUUUUGUACUUUUUUCCUGUGUAAAUAUUGGACUUUUUUGAGCUUUAUCGUGGUUGUUAAUUUGAAGUAAUAAAGUAGAAAAUGAUAAAGUGA